AUGGAUAGUACUGCAUUGGAACGUAAAUUGAAUAGCAAGACUGCAGCUCUCACAGUAUUAAGUGAAGAAUUAGAGAAAUGUAGAAUUGAACGAGAUCAUUUGAAAAUCAUUUUGGAAAAUAAAAUGUUACAUAAUACAUACAACAGAAAUUACCAAUUGAAUUACGAUAAACUUGUGAAUCAACUUAGAGAAGAAAAUAAGAUACUGAGAUUGGAAGCUGGGGAUGUACGUCAAAAAUUACAGGAUGCUCAAGGUGACAACCAAGUUUUAAGAACUGGUGGUUUUGUCAAGGAUUGUAUAAAUACAAUAUUAACAAGCUCUGAUAGUAAAGAAGAAUUAGUAAAAAAUUUAGAAAUCAUACAUUCAAAAUACCAGCAGUUAAAGCUUGAUUUUGGUUUAUUACUGGAUGAUAAACAAGAAUUAAUCACCGAACGGGAUGGAUUUCGAAGUAAAAUACGACGGUUAAAUUAUCAAUUAGCGGCAUCUUUAAAUGCCAAUAAAAAUCAAUGCGUAUUAGAUAUUGAUAGUUUAUUAUUAGAAAACAAGUAUUUAAAUGAAAGACUGCAGUUAGAGAUCGCCGAAAAGGAAAUGAUAAGGAAAACAAAUUCAUUAUACCAGAGUACAUCAAAAACAAAUGAAGAUUCAUCCUUAAUGUCUGCUAGUAAUGCAAUAACCCGUAAAGUAAUAGCUUGCAAACAAAUGCAACAAAUUUUGGAAACUGGGAAUCUUCAAGCUUUGUUUUCAAACAGCACAACGCUCGCAGAUUUAAGAAAAUUAUGCCAGACACUAUUUGAAGCAUUACAAGAUAAAACUAUAGCGCUUAAUCAUCAGAAAAAAACAAAUAAAGUAUUAGCUAAAAGAUUAGAAGACUUGGAAAAAAAGAUAAAAACAAUUAACCAAGCGGAAGCCAUUAUGUCACCUUCGCUGGUUUUAUUGAAUGAAUGUUCAAAUACAUCUGAUGAAACUGAUUUUGAAACAAGUUCUAUUGAUGAAUCAAACACUUGUCUAACUUCUAAAGAAGAUAAUUCUAUUAUUAAAAAUAUUGAUUUUGAUAAGUACCCUAAUGAAAUGAAUACUCUACCAAAAAAUUUGCAGCAACUUGUUACUGAGGCUAUGCAAACAAUAACAUUUGAUUCAUCAACCCCUACCUCUGCUAAAGCACGUCUCAGUUCUACUUCAGAUUGA